AAAUCCAGUCUCAGCAAACCCUAACCAUGACCUGAUCCCCAAUCUCCAUCAAUCAUCUCCCACCGUCUGAUUGAAAUCCAUCAAGGAAAAAGGUAAUAACAAAACCCAUACCGCCAUGCCGUCCCACGGCGAUCUGGACCGCCAGAUCGAGCACUUGAUGCAGUGCAAGCCGCUGCCCGAAGCGGAGGUGAAGACGCUGUGCGAGCAGGCACGUGCCAUCCUCGUGGAGGAGUGGAACGUGCAGCCGGUGAAGUGCCCGGUCACCGUGUGCGGCGAUAUUCACGGGCAGUUCCACGAUCUGGUCGAGCUCUUCCGCAUCGGUGGCAACGCCCCUGAUACCAAUUAUCUCUUCAUGGGCGAUUACGUAGAUCGAGGAUACUAUUCGGUGGAGACUGUUACUCUUUUAGUUGCUCUAAAAGUUCGUUAUAGAGAUAGAAUUACUAUAUUAAGGGGAAAUCAUGAAAGUCGUCAGAUAACUCAAGUGUAUGGUUUUUAUGAUGAAUGCCUAAGAAAAUAUGGAAAUGCUAAUGUCUGGAAGUAUUUCACUGACCUCUUUGAUUAUUUGCCCCUUACUGCCCUAAUUGAGAGUCAGAUAUUCUGCCUGCAUGGUGGACUCUCUCCAUCUUUGGAUACAUUAGAUAACAUCCGUGCUCUGGAACGUAUUCAAGAGGUUCCUCAUGAGGGCCCAAUGUGUGAUCUCUUAUGGUCCGAUCCUGAUGAUCGAUGUGGGUGGGGAAUAUCUCCUCGAGGAGCAGGUUACACCUUUGGACAAGAUAUUUCUGCACAGUUCAAUCACACUAAUGGGCUCACCCUGAUUUCUAGAGCUCACCAGCUUGUUAUGGAAGGAUUUAAUUGGUGCCAGGAAAAGAAUGUUGUGACGGUGUUUAGUGCACCUAACUACUGCUAUCGUUGUGGAAAUAUGGCUGCAAUACUUGAGAUUGGGGAGAAUAUGGAGCAAAAUUUUCUUCAGUUUGACCCAGCUCCUCGUCAGAUUGAACCUGACACCACACGAAGAACCCCUGAUUAUUUUUUGUGAUUCUGAGAACUUACCCCCUAUUUCCAAAAUUUUCUUUUCUCCAGUUGUGUUUUUGUAGAUUUGUCUUACAAAUCGAGGAGUUUUGGGUUCUAGUUGAGGGAGUGGAGAGACAGAAGAAACCAUUCUCAUUCUCAUUCUCAUUCUCAUUCUUUUGGAUGUUCUUGUGUUGCACUCAUAUGAGCUUAUAGGAUUAAUUUAUAGAAGGAAUUUGUUUCAUAUUCUAGGAAGAAUAGCAAUAACAAGGGAUUUUUCUGCCUAUGAAUCUAAACCCUCUGGGGUAACUUCUUUACCACGCUUUGCUAUUUCUUCUGCAUGUCAAUUUCAAAUGAUGACAAUUGUAGCAAUUUCUCUAGUCU